ACCUACAUCCCGUUCAUCUUCCCGGUGACCUGGCUGCUGGACAGGAAGGGGCUCCGGGUCGUGGCGCUCGUGGCCACGGCGCUCAACUGCGCCGGGACGUGGGUGAAGGUGGCCAGCGUCCGGCCCGACCUGUUCCCGGUCACCUUCCUGGGCCAGUUCUGCUGCUCGUUCGCGCAGGUCUUCAUCCUGGGGAUGCCGUCCAGGAUCGCCUCGGUGUGGUUCGGUUCGGGGGAGGUGUCCACCGCCUGCUCCAUCGGAGUCUUCGGGAAUCAGCUAGGUGUUGCCAUCGGGUUCCUCGUGCCUCCAAUUCUGGUUCCUAAUGUGGACGACUUGGAUGAGCUGGCUCAUCACAUCAGCAUUAUGUUCUAUAUAACGGCAGGAGUGGCAACAUUUCUUUUCAUCCUCGUCAUCUUUGUUUUCCAGGACCGUCCCAAACUACCCCCGACUCAGGCCCAGGCCACGGCCCGCAGCAUCCCCCCCGAGCAGUACUCUUACACUGCCUCCAUCCUCAGGCUGCUCCGCAACAAGCCCUUCAUCCUCCUCAUCAUCACUUACGGUCUGAACGUGGGAUGUUUCUACGCUGUUGGAACUCUCCUGAACCGCAUGAUUAUUGAGCAUUACCCUGGAGAAGAGGUGAAUGCUGGGAGGAUAGGGCUUACCAUCGUCAUUGCAGGGAUGGUCGGCUCACUCAUCUGUGGCGUCUGGCUGGACAGAACGAAAACGUACAAGCAGACCACACUCGCUGUUUACUUCAUGUCUCUGGUGGGGAUGAUUGUCUACGCUUCCACACUCAACCUCGGUCGCCUCUGGGUGGUCUUUAUCACAGCUGGAGCUCUUGGGUUCUUCAUGACGGGCUACCUGCCGCUGGGCUUUGAGUUUGCGGUUGAGCUGACGUACCCCGAGUCAGAGGGAACUUCCUCGGGACUGCUGAACUGUUCGGCACAGGUGUUUGGCAUCAUAUUCACCAUCUGCCAGGGGAAAAUCAUUGACAGCUUUGGCACGUUGAUAGGAAACAUCUUCCUCUGUGUCUUUCUGCUCAUAGGCACAAUAAUGACAGGUUUCAUAAAGUCUGAUCUACGGAGGCAAAACGCAAACCAGCAGGCCAAAGCAGCUGUAAGUGAUGAAGCACGGUGUGGUACGGGUGUGUGUGUACUCAUAUUUGUUACCUUUUUAGGACCGUUUCUGGU